AUGGGGCCCCCUCAACUGCCCCUCCGAAUACUUUGCGAACGCAACACCAACACUACUGAAAUAAUCAUGGACGACCCGGAAUUCGAUACUCAGACUGAUCUCCAGACGCAGAGCAUAUUGCUCGCCGCUGCAAACCACGACACCGCCUCCCUCCGCAACCUUCUGCGCAACUCUUCCGCAAACGUUCAAGAUUCCGAGACUGGUUUUACGCCUCUGCACGCCGCAAUCGCUGCCUGUGAGCCCGACGAAGAUGACGCAAAACGAGUCAACGGAGACACAAAUGGGGAAGCAGCGGAUGGGGCCGAGGAUACGAAGAACGAAAUGGACAGCGCUGUAAAGACCAUCAAAUUCCUGUUCGAGAACGGUGCGAUAUGGAACGACUUGGAUUCAAAUGGCGAGACACCGGGAUGCAUCGCGCAUCGAUUGGGCCUAAAGGAACUAUACGAGCUCUGUGUCGACGCAGGCGUGCGCGCAGAAAUGCUGCUGAGUCGCAUGGAGCAAUACCAGCUUCUUGGAGACGAUGAUUCAGAUGAAGAAGACGAGGAGGAAGAUGAAGAAGACGAGGAGGAAGAUGAAGAAGACGAGGAGGAAGAUGAAGAAGACGAGGAGGAAGAUGAGGUUGAAGAGGUGGCUGAAGGCGUCGAGGUAGUGGACAUCAGUCAGGAAGAAGCGCAAGGCGAUGAAUCAACCGAGAACCCAAAUUAUCUCUCUUCCAAGCUCACAUUCGACCGCGACCGAUUACUGGACGAUUCCUCAAACGGAGUCAUGAUGGAGUGGGAGACAACACUCAUGCGCAGAUCGGCCGAAUUAUUGGUGCCGACAGAAGGGCUUCGCGUUCUGAACGUUGGUCAUGGCAUGGGCAUCAUCGAUGGUAUCUUGCAGGAGAAAAAGCCAAAAGCUCACCACAUCAUUGAGGCGCAUCCAGAUGUCAUCAAGCGCAUGAAAGAGCAGGGAUGGCAUGAGAAGCCGGGAGUCGUCAUCCACGAGGGACGCUGGCAGGACAUUGUACCAGGUCUUGUCGAAAAGGGCGAGCUGUUCGACGCAAUCUACUUUGACACCUUCGCCGAAGAAUACAAAGCACUACGCGAGUUCUUCACCGAACAUGUCAUCGGGCUCCUCGAUCCUGCUGGUGGUUCCGAUGGCGAGGGAGGCAAAUUUGGCUUCUUCAACGGCAUGGGAGCAGAUCGCCAGAUUGUUUACGAUGUUUACAACAAGAUCGUUGAAUUCGAUCUCUUCGAGGCUGGUUUCGACACAGAAUGGGAAACGGUCCCUGUACCGAAUCUGGAUGAGAAAGGUGAAUGGGAGGGUGUGAGGCGGAAGUACUGGGUACUCAACGAGUACAAGCUGCCGACAUGCAGUUUCGUCGGUUGA